AUGGCGCGGCGCCGGCCGCGGCUUCCCCGCGUGUCCUUGCUGGCGGCCGCCGUGUCGUCCGGGCUGGGGCCGGCCGCGCUGGCCGCCGGCUCUGGCGAUGCGCAGGCGCGGGAGCCUAUGUUGCGGAGGCUUGAGCUGACGAAGGACGCCCUCGUCAGCCAGAAGGCGAAAUUCUUCACGGGCGAGUUCAGCCAUGCGAACUACACGUUCAGCCUCAGGCGCGACUCGGUGGAGAGGAAGGGCAAGGGCGAGGUGUGGCUCCUGUUCGACAAAAGUAAGGGGCCGCGGUUUCGCAUACGGGGCGAGGCGGAGUCACAGCGCUUUGGCCACGGCGAGAUCACUCUCGUAGUGGACACGGACCAGAAGAUGCUGUAUGCCCAUUUCAAGCUCGACAGGAGUAUGGACAGGCUUCACGAGUCCCAGUGCGUCAAGUAUCGUUUCCCCGAGCCCGCCAAGAAUGCCGAGAGGAUGAAGUUCCUGCGGAAGCGGAAAGAGAGGGUGAUGGAGUGGAAGAAGCACGAGGAGGCGCUCCUCAGCAAGGAGUCCGACCCGCCACUCCUGGAGGUCAAUUGGACGAAGUCCUACUCGCUCAAGUGGAGCCUCGACAAGAUCGGCGGCAACAGCAAGAAGGUCACCGGCUUCGAGAUGCGGAGCCCGGACGGCCGUGCUGUGAAGAGCGUCGAGCUCAAGCACGUCCUGCCUGGGCACUCCGCGGCGCCCAAGCUCGACAGAGAGACACUCUUCGUGGCGCCGGCGGACGACUGCAGGCUGGACGAGUCCAUCCCUGACGCGCAGCGCCUGGCGGAGGUUGAGCUGCUGCCGCCCCACCAGAAGUCCUCCGCCCUGAACGACCUGCUCUUGGCGCUCCAGGACCACGAGAAGGGCGACAAAUGGGAACAGCUGUUCAUUGCGCUCUCGGUGAUAACGGUGCCAGGCGACGUGUCGGUGCUCAUCGAGGACCCCGUCCCGCCGGACUUGUCCAACAUGCACAACGUCAGGUUCAACUACCGCGCCUCCCUGGUCCAGGGAGGCCAGGGGCACACCAGCGAGGGCUCGGUCUGGCUCGGCCUGGGCGGGGAGCAUAGGCGCUUCCGCCUCUCGGGCGAGGCCAUGGGCACGAAGGUUGGGGACCUCACGAUGGAUCUGGUGGCCGAAGCCGGCAAGAAGGUCUACGCGAAUGUAAAUCUCAGUGCCCAGCUCGAAUCGCAAUGCGUCGUUUAUGAUUACCCUACCGUGGACCGGCAAGAAAAGAAGCACUUGCACGAGCUCGCGUCACAGGGGCUCGCAUUCUUUGCCAUCGCAGAACUCGACAGUGAGGACUGCUGCAUUUUCGUAGCCGAGCUCGCUCGUGGCCGACUGCUCCACAUCUGGGUGGACAAGGAGCAGACGGAUAAGCCCAACAUGAUACUUCGGUCAGAGGUGCACAAGAACGGGGAGGUCUUGCGCACCACGGACAUACUGGACUGGUCGGUUAACGAGGGCGUCCAGAAAAAUGUGAAGCCCAAGAAAGAGUGGGGCUGCGCGCCCCACCGCGAAGGCGACGAGCAGCUGGCACGAUUAGGCCUGUCCCAUCCGGUGCACAAGAAGUCCGUGCAGUUACAGGACUCCCUGUACGCGCUCAAGGAGCUGCCAGCUGACUUCACGCUGAUGGAGAUUCUGGGCCUCACCGGCGACGUGGGCAUCAUGGUGCAGGAGCCGAAGCCACCAGACCUUUGGGCUGUGCCUGCGGUCACCUUCGGCUAUACUGUGUCCCUCGGGCAAACAGAUUCAGAAUUCACAGACACAACGAGGAUCGCUGGCCACUUCGCAGCCGAUUUGAACGGGAACUUGAUUCAGAUCACGGCUGGCAGCAGUGCAUCUGGCAUCUCAAACGUGAGUGUCCUGCUUGACCCAGAGCAGCUGGCGGUGCAGGUGACGGAGCCGGACGGGAAGACGUCGUGCCUGACCCUCCCGGUGAAGGACAGCCAGGAGAGCGAGGAGCGGAUCCAGGAGGCGCCCGGCGUGUUCGAGGGCGUGGAGGAGGUGAACGGCUCCGAGUGCGACCGCUUCUCCUACACAGGUACCGGUCCGCAUCAGGAGCGAGUGAAGUUCUGGUGGUCCAUGGAGGACAAGAGGGUGUGCAGGCUGCUGGUGGAGACCAGCGAUGAGUAUGCCACCGGGACCGCGAAGAUCGACGUCCCCGAGUGGACUCUGAGCUACGAGCCACAGGACGUCGUGGGUGACAUGUCACUGGAAGCGGCGUUGUACAUGGAGGAGCACGCGCUGGACCCAGCGGCCCCAGGGAGGUCGAAGCCGGGGCUGCAGUGCGAGAGUGCCGCCGAGUCGAGGAACUCGUGGCUCUCGCUCGCGUCCCAUGCUCCAGAGGUCUCCAUGCUGGCCGGUAACGCGGUCGCGAAGCUGGCAGAGGCGUCCGGAGUGGUCGGGCUUCUGCCGGAGAAGUUUGCUAACCUGCUGUCGCGGGUCGUCAUCACUUCGCCCUCCGAGGCCGGCAGUGCACCAGCCAGUGCACCCAUUCCAGCAGACUCGAGCUGUUCGGACUUCUCGGGCAGAUGGGUGACACCUGCAGGCUCGCUCGUCCGGCGUCGAAGUUGUGCAGACGGGCUGCUCCCUGUCGGUCACUAG